UUGGAAGCAAAAUUAUUGACAUCAUAGAUAGAGAGAGCAUGAAUGUGAGUGCGUGUGAGAUGCAUUCUGCUAUCUGUGGCAGCGCCAUUUCACCUUACAUCCAUGGUUGCCGGAACACAGUUCGGAACCCUAACCAGUUACGCGCCAAAUCCUCUCUACUGAUUCAGAAACAGGAACAGCAAACCCAAGUCGCAGAAUCCGUCUCUCGCCGCCUCAUACUGCUUCGCCAUGCAGAGAGUUCUUCGCCAAGUCGCUCUCUCCGCGACCACGACCGACCUUUGAGCAAGUCUGGAAAAGAAGAUGCUAUGAAAGUUUCUCGCAAGCUCCAAGAGCUGGGUUGGAUUCCUGAACUUAUCCUGUCUAGUGAUGCGGCACGGACUAAGGAAACACUUCGAAUAAUGCAGGAGCAAGUGCAGGAGCUGCUGGAAGCUGAGGUUCAUUUUGUGUCUAGUUUCUAUUCAAUUGCCGCCAUGGAUGGGCAAACUGCAGAGCACCUGCAACAGGUUAUUUGUCGAUAUUCAAGGGAUGAGAUACUUACUGUCAUCCUGGAGAUGGAGAUCAUCCUAUGUAGGUGCAUGGGGCAUAAUAGGGGAUGGGAAGAAGCAGCCUCAAUGCUUUCUGGGGCCUCUGUGGAAUUGAAGACAUGCAAUGCGGCACUACUUGAGACUGCAGGAAAUUCUUGGGAUGAGGCAUUUGCUGCAGCAGGAUUUGGUGGAUGGAAGCUUCAGGGCAUAGUAAAACCAAGUAGCUAGUUGAGAUUUUUCGUUCUGGGUAAACUUACAAAUAGAUAUGCAAAAGGGAAGGUUGGAAGCAUCAUUACUUAUUCUAGGCAUCCAAAAUGUACCAGUUAAGUUAAGGAUAUGGAGCUGAGGACUUCGGAAAGGAUACUAGACGAGAGAUGGAAAUGAUGCCAAAAGCCUUAGAUAUACAUGUUGAAUUUGACAGCUAUGAGAAUUGUUUUCAUGGAGAUUCAGGAUGAAACAGUGUUGAGGACAAUGUGCAGGAUCUCAAUCAUUCAUAUGCUGCAUUAUGUAUAGCAUAGAUGUUCAUUGAAGUGAACUCAUGCUGUUCAGUGGUUCCUGGUUGAUGCACAACUUGAGGCUUCCAAAGAAAAAACUAUGCUUCUGUAAUUGUAUGGUGUGGAAGAAAAGCUUACACCUGUUACUUUACACUCAUUUUAUCUUCCAUCUUGAUUUUGUUUCCAAAAUCAACUUGUGUAAACUUCAUCUUGUAAUAUAAAGUUUUAGUUCAAAUUAUUGAGGAAGAGUACAAUGGCCUCGUCUUCCAACUUUCAACUAUUCAGAUAACUUCAUUUUGACGUAUCAAGAUUAUACCUGGUUGGAUGAAAAGGGUGUGCGGCAAGAAAGGCCUAAAAGCAAAAGAUUUUUCA